AUGAAAGAGUACCUGUUCAAGGUCUUGGUCGUCGGCGAUAUUGGCACUGGCAAAACCAGCAUCAUCAAGCGCUACGUGCACAACAUCUUCUCCAUGCACUACAAGGCCACCAUUGGUGUUGAUUUCGCUCUCAAGGUCAUCAACUGGGAGCCCGACACUGUCGUCCGUCUUCAGUUGUGGGAUAUCGCAGGUCAAGAGCGCUUUGGCAACAUGACACGAGUAUACUACAAGGAGGCUGUCGCUGCUAUCAUUGUCUUUGACGUCACCCGUGUUUCGACAUUUGAGGCUGUGCAAAAGUGGAAGUUUGAUAUUGACGCCAAGGUCAAGCUGUCGACAGGCGAGGACAUUCCUGUUGUGCUUCUUGCCAACAAGUGCGAUCUUGCCAAGGAAGGCCUGGUCAAAAACAGCGCACAAAUGGACAAAUUCUGCGAAGACAAGGGCUUUGCAGGGUGGUUUGAGACGUCGGCCAAGGAGAACUUGAACAUUGACAAGGCCUGCCGAUUCCUCGUCACAAAGAUCCUCGAAAACACCCAAUCCAACCAACCUGCGCCCGAAGAGAAUGGCAUUAUCCGCCCUGGCGGCCCAGAACCCAAGCAAGAAGCCAAGGGUGGAUGCUGCUAA